AUUUUACGUGAUGCGGGGCUUUGUGGAAAUUGCGGAAGUCGUGGGGGUCAUGGAGGUCAUGGAGGUCAUGGAAUUCAUGGAAGUUGCGAAAAUCAUGAAGUUAUAGCAGUUGGUAGAGGUCGUGGUAAAGUCAUGAAAAUAAUAAAGAUACCAGUUCUGUUCAAGAUGACCACGCUUCAUUUUUCUCAGAAAUAA